AUAUUACAGAAGAUACGCCGCAAUGUUGGGCUAUUUUAAUGCAAAAAUGUUGGCACUCGGUGCCUUCAGAGAGGCCAUCUGUUGGUGAAAUAUAUAGUGAAAUAAAUUCUGGAUAUUGGAAUAUAGAUAAAAUUUUUAUAGAAUCUGAAAAUAAACGACAAGAAUUACUUGAGUCUGGGGAAUUCAUUGCUAAACUUAUGCAUCCUCAUUCUAAAACCCAUAGCAAAUUAUUAAAUCCUACUAUAGAUUCUAUGCUCUCAAGUUUACAUCGAAGUUUCAGAUUUUCAAUACCUGAUUCUGUAAAUUCUCUUCAAUACAUUAGCAGUAAUUCAUUACUUAU